CUUCAUCAGUGAUUUCCCUUGUAUGUUAUUUGAGUCAGUGCCGAUUGACGGGAGUGUAUCAGAUCAGUGGCCGUUGAUGGACCAUCCCUAUGAAGAAACAGGGUGACAAUGGGACAGAGUACCUCAGAACAAGAGGUCCAAGGAGACACGCAAGAGGUCCAGUCGGUCCCCACUGACAUAGACAAUGGACCAAGCGAUGCAGAUACAACACCUGCUUUAUUUGAGGAAGCAAAUGAUGGGUUUAAUAACAUCAAGACAUUUGUUGAGGAGGAACUACAGUCGAGCAUGAUGGUGGGGAUGGUGAUUGGUGCGGGCAUCGCCAUAGUGCUCAUCGCCAUCCUCAUCUUCUUCAUCUUGCGAAGGAUCCAGCUUCGAAACAUAGAAGCUCAGGAGGCCCCCAAAUACCGCUUUCGCAAGAGGGACAAAGUAAUGUUCUACGGCCGAAAGAUCAUGCGUAAAGUCUCACAGUCUACCUCUUCCCUGGUGGGUACAUCCUCUUCCUCUCGGCCGCGCCUAAAGAAGAAGCAGAAGAUGCUCAACAUUGCCAAAAAGAUCCUGCGCUUCAAGAAGGAGGUGCCAAUCCUGCAGGCCAAGGAGCCCCCUCCCUCAGUGCUGGAGGCGGACCUCACUGAGUUUGAUGUGGCCAACUCACACCUCCCCUCCGAGGUGCUGUACAUGCUCAAAAAUGUCCGUGUGCUGGGUCACUUUGAGAAGCCCCUCUUCCUGGAGCUGUGUAAACACAUGGUGUUUGUGCAGUACCAACAAGGGGAGUACGUCUUCAGGCCGGGACAGCCUGACAGCAGCAUCUACGUGGUUCAGGAUGGAAAACUAGAAUUGUGCCUUACUGGAGCGGAUGGCAAAGAAAGCGUGGUGAAGGAGGUCUAUCCGGGAGACAGUGUCCACAGCCUCCUUAGCAUCCUGGAUGUCAUCACAGGCCACCAGAAGCCUUACAGAACUGUUUCAGCACGGGCUGCAGAGGUUUCCACUGUUCUCCGUUUACCCGUAGAGGCCUUCCUUGCUAUAUUCGAGAAGUACCCCGAGAGCCUGGUGCGGGUAGUACAGAUUAUCAUGGUCCGUCUCCAAAGAGUAACAGUCCUAGCCCUGCACAACUAUCUGGGGCUCACCAAUGAGCUCUUCAGCCAUGAAAUGCAGCCCUCACGUCUUCCACCUCCAUCUCCCCAUCCAACUCGCACCAGUCCCAUCCGGCAUGGUAAGCGCUUCGGCAGCCUGACUGUGACAGAGGAGCAUCGAGAAGCUGCCGUUAAGGGUGAAGCUACAGGAGGGGAACAAGGGAAGGAUGGAGCAACAGUGCCAACUCUCAGCAGGACCAUCUCCAUGCCUGUGGACAUUGCCGUUCUACAGAAAGGCCUGAGAUCGGACUUUGACAUGGCGUACGAAAGGGGACGGAUCUCUGUCUCUGCAGAGGAUGGCAACACUCCUCCUACGUUUACUCGGUCUACAUCCCAGGACCAGCGGGAGAGGAAGGUGACCGUGGACGAGGUUCCCUCAGGGAUCUAUCUGUAUCCAGAGGAAGAGUCGGGAGUGGACAAUAUUUUUACACCUGUAUCCAGUCGAUCCAAUGCUGCUUUGUUUGAGGAUGCUCAGAAAGAGCUCCUCAAACUCAUGAACAUUGAGGACCCAUCCUUGUUAAAUGGGAAAGUGACUCUGCACCAAGCAAAAGCUGGAGCCGUCUUGGCCAGACAGGGAGACCAGGAUGUAAGUCUCCACUUUGUCCUGUCAGGUUGUCUGCAUGUCUACCAGCGAAUGAUUGACAAGCAGGAGGCCGUCUGCCUGUUUGUGACCCACCCGGGGGAGAUGGUGGGCCAGCUCGCUGUGCUCACUGGAGAGCCCCUCAUCUUCACCAUCAAAGCCAUCAGAGAGUGUACUUAUGUCAAGAUCUCAAAGUCAGAUUUCUACGAGAUCAUGAGGGAGCAGCCCAGUGUGGUGCUGAGUGCCGCUCACACCGUGGCUAUCCGCAUGUCCCCGUUCGUCAGGCAGAUGGACUUUGCUAUUGACUGGAUGGCUGUGGAGGCUGGCAGAGCUCUCUACAGACAGGAUGACCAGUCAGACUGCACCUACAUUGUUCUGAAUGGUCGUCUGCGUUCAGUUAUCCGCAAGUCCAACGGCAAGAAGGAACUUGUUGGGGAAUACGGCAGAGGAGACCUCAUCGGAGUGGUGGAGGCCUUGACCAGACAGCCGAGAGCGACCACCGUCCACGCUGUGAGAGACACAGAGCUGGUCAAACUUCCAGAGGGAACGCUCAACAACAUCAAAAGACGAUAUCCACAGGUGGUCACGAGGCUGAUCCACUUGUUAGGACAGAAGAUUCUGGGGAACCUGCAGCAUGGUCGCGGGCCAUUCUCAGGCUCAGCCCUGAGUCUGCCCACGAUGACAGCCAGUGCUGAUGUCACCAACCCUGCCAGCAACCUCUCCACGGUGGCUGUCCUGCCUGUGUGUGAUGAUGUGCCCAUUAAUGCAUUCAACCUGGAGCUCAGCCAUGCCCUCAGUGCCAUCGGCCCAACUCUUCUAUUAACCAGUGAAAUUAUAAGAGAGCGACUGGGUGCCUCUGCUUUGGACAGUAUCCAUGAGUACCGUCUCUCCGGCUGGCUGGCCCAGCAGGAGGACAUCAAUCGGAUUGUCCUGUACCAGACCGACAGCAGCAUGACUCCAUGGACUCAGCGCUGCAUCCGCCAGGCUGACUGCAUCCUCAUCGUCGGCCUGGGGGACCAGGAACCGGCUCUGGGACAGUUGGAGCAGAUGCUGGAGAACACAGCGGUUCGUGCUCUGAAGCAGCUGGUCCUUCUGCACAGAGAGGACGGGCCGGGCCCCUCCAGGACGGUCGAGUGGCUCAACAUGCGCAGCUGGUGCUCCGGACAUCUGCACCUCAAGUGUCCCCGCAGGGUCUUCUCCAGACGCAGCCCCAGCAAAAUAAGGGAUGUAUAUGAAAAGGUGUUUGAGAAAACGGCAGACAGGCACAGUGAUUUCUCUAGGCUGGCCCGAGUUCUGACCGGAAACAGCAUCGCCUUGGUGCUGGGAGGAGGUGGAGCCCGAGGCUGCUCUCAUGUGGGUGUGAUCAAAGCUAUGGAGGAAGCAGGGAUUCCUAUUGACAUAGUGGGUGGCACCUCAAUCGGCUCAUUCAUUGGUGCACUGUACGCUGAGGAGAGGAGUGCCGUCAGAACCAAGCAGAGAGCCAGAGAGUGGUCCAAGGCAAUGAACUCGGUAUUUAAAACGGUGCUGGACCUGACCUAUCCCAUCACCUCCAUGUUCUCUGGGGCUGCCUUCAACACCAGCAUCUAUAAAGUGUUCCUGGACAAACAAGCAGAGGACCUGUGGCUGCCAUACUUCAACGUCACCACUGACAUCACGGCCUCAGCCAUGCGUGUCCACCAGGAUGGUUGCGUCUGGCGAUAUGUUAGAGCCAGCGCCUCCUACACCCCCUAUUUACCUCCCCUGUGCGACCCCAAGGAUGGCCACUUGCUUGUGGAUGGUUGCUAUGUUAACAAUGUCCCAGGCUCUCUGUGGCGCUAUGUGCGGGCGAGCAUGACCCUCUCGGGGUACCUGCCGCCUCUCUGCGACCCCAAAGACGGCAACUUGCUAAUGGACGGUGGCUACAUCAACAACCUGCCAGCGGACAUUGCGAGGAACAUGGGUGCCAGAACAGUUAUUGCCAUCGACGUAGGUAGCCAAGAUGAGACCGACCUCUGUAACUAUGGAGACAGCCUGUCUGGCUGGUGGUUGCUUUGGAAACGGAUCAAUCCCUGGGCAGAGAAAGUGAAGGUCCCCGACAUGGCAGAGAUCCAGUCUCGGCUGGCUUACGUCUCUUGUGUGCGGCAGUUAGAGGUUGUAAAGAAGAGCGCCUACUGCGAGUACAUCAGACCGCCCAUCGACCGCUUCAAGACCAUGGACUUCGGCAAGUUUGACGAGAUUUAUGAUGUGGGCUUCCAGCAUGGCAAGUUGCUGUUUACUGGUUGGGCCCGUGGCGACAUUAUCGAGAACAUGCUGAAGGACCACCGCUCAGCCGACUACAACGACAGCAAGAGAACUGACUCCUGCACGUGUCCAGCAGCUGACUUCACUGACCUUGCAGAGAUUGUAUCCAGGAUAGAGCCGGUUCAAAGCUACGUGGCUACAGAAGCGGAGGAGUCAGACUGUCUGACGGAGUACGAGGAAGACGGCAUGGACACAGUACGAGAGGAAGAGGGUGAGGAGGAGGAGGAGGAAGAGGCAGAGGACCCAGACGAUAUCUCCCCUGGAGAGUGGGGCCAGAAUGGAGUCUUUCAGACUGAUGAGGAAAAAACUGUGAGACAACGCAGGAAACUGGCCAGUGAUUCCAACACCUCUGAAGUCUCUGACUGCUGACAAAGGAGUAUGGAGGAGAGGAGGGAGUUUAUACAAGAACAAGGGACAAAUUACUGGUCCAUAAACUGUAAAAGAUAGAGACUUGGACCCCACGCUCAGCUCCUACAACUUCUGCAGGAAAACGCUGUUCAUGCUCAAAAUCCUUGAACAUUCUUUGCAUCGAGUGGCUUUCUGUUCACAUUUUAACCCCACCGUCGAAUACAAACAGUCUUUUUAUGCUCUUCCCUGCCCAGCAAUUUCUCUCAUCACUUUGCAUCAAACUUACCGGUGCCAGAAUCCCUGCCUGCCAAACCGGGACACAAACAAAACACAACUGGGACACCUAAAACUCCUAAAUCACACAUGUUUUUUUGUUUCAAAUGGCCAGAAGGACCCUGUCUGUGUCCCUGAUUCUUUACGUGUGUCUCUACCGUUGGUACAUUUUCAAUUGCACUCAAUUAUUGAGGAUUUAACGCAUUACAUAGUCCUACGAUUUCUUCUGUGCACUGGAUGAGUGCCUGAAUGUUAGAAUGACUGUUUUUUGUGAUUUCUUGAAGGAGUAGCAGGACACUGAAAAAAUAAGUAGGGAAUACAUACAAUAGAGCUGUAGUUAGUAAGAGUUAUGCAGGUUUAUUGUUAAAUGUAGAGAGCCAGGAAGGGCAAGCUGGAGGAGGAACAGAUGAUUAUGUAAACACCAAAGCCGACUUUAUAUUGAAUGAACAGAACAGAACCAGUGAUAAAUCUACUCACAGUGACUGGAGAAAGAGUGAUAUUUUCACUGACACUACACAACAAACCAGUAGCGUGACCGCCUCUGUUUCCACAAGGUCACACACAAAGCACUCAAGGUUCCUGUGUAUAGCGACAAUAAGGAGUGUAUGACAGCGAAUCUGAGAUUGUACAGUCAUGAAAAUCUUUCAGUCAACAAAUUAUUGUCGGAUUGUACACAGAAACCCUUAGUACGUCUUAACUUCAAAUGAGCAAAAAUGCAACUAAUUUAAGCUAUUAACACAAUUAACAUGGACCUUUUAUAGAUUGUAACAAGAUUAUAUUAUAAUAUACACAAUGUUGAUAUUCAUAUAUGUAUAUGAGGUGGACAUUUGUAAAUUAGAGCUUUGCUGCAAGACAAGAGAACCUACACAUAAACAAGUGUUUCUUCUCUUAAAAUGCAUUGUUUUUAUUUAUACUUGUUAACUACUGGCUUUUUAAAAUCUUUUUUUUUUCUGGUGGGGCUGGAGGGGGGUGUAUUGUUUUAAAUAACUUGGCUUUCGCUGUUUUGCACUGAAACAUUUAAAGUAUUCCUUGCUCAGAAGAUGUUUGGUUUAAUAAUUGCCAACCUUAAUAAGCCAAGAAAAUCUAAAGAAUAAAAACAGAUAAUAAUUUAAUAUGCAUAUUGGAAAAUAAAAAUAAUAUGCAGUA